UGGAAUAAAUUAAAAACGGAAAUGUUCAUUUUUAUUGCGGCGUAGAGCUUUAUCACCGCCAUCCUUCUUCCAAUUUCUAAUGCGAUUUUUGGGCUUCGUUUUGCGACGGCGAUGGGCAAUGUAAGAGCUCUCCUCCUCCUCCUGAUCCUCCCCGUCCUGGUCUCCUCCUCCCGCUUUCUACUCCAUGAAGAGCAGCCUCUGCACUCUUCAACCACAAAGCAAAAUAUGGCCACUGCCAUAAGGAAGGGCGGUGGCGGUGGCCAUGGCGGUGGCCAUGGCGGUGGCCGUGGCGGUGGCCGUGGAGCCCGUGGAGAUAGUAAUGGCUCUUCAUCUUCAUCUUCUUCUUCACCAUAUGGUAAAGCCAUUCCCUUGAUAACAGAGGGAUCUGUUCUUCCGAAGAGUUUAGGUGCUUCUUCCCAUAAGCACAAGCACAAUUCAGCUCACAGUGGCUACAGUUUCUCCAUUGCUACCUUGCUCAUCGUCUCUGCGUUCUGGCUCGACUCACUGGCUUGUUUGUGUAGUUUUUAAUAUUAGAAAGAAAUAUGAAAGUAUGAUCCAUACUAGGGAAUCUACAGGAAUAUCUAUAUGGGUUUUCUGGUUUUUCUCAUUACUUUCUUCUAUGAAAUACAGUGCAUAUAUAUAUAUAUAUAUAUAUGGAAUAAUACAGAUACAUCGAUUGGAUCAUAGUAAACCGAGAAGUUAUAAAGCAGGGGUGUAGAUGUUUUGUUCUGAAAUUGCUGCAGAGAAUAAGAGAUUGUGGAGCAGACAAAACAGUUGAGUUGAAAGUGAUUUGUUAUCAUUAAAUAGUGAGGGACUGCAUACUAACUUUAUCAGGCACCUUCAAAUUGAUCAGCUAAGGUUGGAUGGUUAAUUUAUCUCUAAGAUAAUGAAAUAUGAUAUUCGGCAAUUUGAUCAUGGUAAGAAGCAAGGUAAAUUAUAACUGUUUUAAAUUUCAAUGUCUUUAGUUUUCAUAUGAAAAAAAUGGAUUGCUUGCGAGAGAGAUUGUUGAAAUAUUGUCACAGUAAAUGGGAGAGGGAGCUCAAGUGUCGAUACGAAAAUCUUUAGGCGGUUUUCUUAGCCAAAUAAGUUCUGCUUCUAUGGACGAGCGAGCUAAAGUAGUUUGCUUCUUUGUGGCCCAAGAAAUGUGAGCCAGUUCAAGAAAAAUACAGUAUCAUGUAAUUGAUUUGCGAUCAAUUUUAUCCUUUGCCCAAUCGACAUCUGCAAAGGUAUGGAUGGCAAAGUUGCCCGAGUAGAUAGGUAGUCCAAAAUUCAAGGCACCUUGAAUUUAUCUUAGAAUAUAUUUAAGUAUAAUGAAGUGCUGAAUUUGAGGAGAAUGCAUGUGUUGACACACAUGAUUUACAUCAUAAGUAAGAUCAGGGCGAGUUAAUGUUAAGUAUUGUAAUGAACCAACAUUGUGAUGGUAUAGGGAUGGGCCUGAAAAUGGUCUUUCAGAUGAAGGCAAAACAGGUUGCUUGCUGGGCAAUGGACUGAGUAUGGGCUUGCAAUCACUCAUUCCAGCCCUUUUAAAAAUAAUAGUAGCAUAGUUGUGUUGAUGAAGAAGUAUACCAGUGCUGAUAGAGAUGCCUGUAGGCCAAGAAAGUUAGCUAAUGGACCCAGUAUUUUCAGCUGAAAUCUGGACAGCAAAUGUGAUAGCAGUGCUGACCAAGAAGCAGAAUUAUUGCCCUAUCAUCCACUUAGAUCAAUAGAUACAAUAGUUGAUCUUGCUUUUCAUUAAUAAAGAGGAGGUGAUUUAACAGCAAUAGUACAACAUGUAGAAUCAAUGGGUGAAGUAGAAUGAUGUAGAAGUCUGAAGAUUAGUUUUGGUUUGAGAUUACCUGUUUUUGGCCAAGUGAGCAUAGGAUAUUCUAUGGGAGAUGGAGGAGGUGCAGGUAUAUAUGGUGAAGGAAGAACAGGGGGAGAUAGAGUUUACAUCUAAAAGCAAGGUGGGAGUAGUUUCAAUAAUGUGAUGAUGCUUGCGUUCAACAAUCCCAUUUUGUUGGGGUGUAUAACCCAUUAUUGUUGGAACUUUGAAGUAGAAGUCGAUUGGUCUUCGAAGCCUUUAUUUGAAAACUAUGGGGAAGAAAUAAGAUUAAAAUAAUUUUUUUGUGAAGUUAGUUGAUUAACAUAUAGAAGUUUAUGUUUAAGUAGUGAAACAAAAUAAAGAGCUUGCGUGUGGGGGUGGGUAAAAUACCUCUACCAGAUGCACCAAUAAGCAAAGUGUGCCCAUUACCUACAACUGUAUUUUGAGUUCAAGUAAUCAAUCAGUAGAAAUAAGUUGUGAAUUCGGAGCAGCCAAUGCUGUGAAUGGUUGAGUUGGUGGUUGAUAUGACAAAACUGAAAGAAUGAACCCAUUUUAAGAGAUCUGACAUUCAAUAGAAAUGUUCCUACUACGACCACCAUGAGCUUAAUUAUUUCUUCCACCUUUGAAGCCUAGUCUUCCAUGAUAUUGUGUAAGAGGUAUGUAUCUGCCACGACCUUGACCUCGAUAUGCAUUGAGAGCUUCUUGAGAUUCAAAACAAUCAGGAAGGUGAGUAUCAGGCAGAGCUUCAACAACCAAUGUAAUCUCUUCACUAUAGACCAAUGUAGUUUGGUGUAUAUGGCGGUUUUGAAUGUAUGAUAUAAUGCAGGAAGUCCAUUCAACGUAUAUAAAAUAACGAUCUUCUGUGUAUAUGGAAGUUUAUGUAGAAUUUAUGGCAUCAACCUUAGAUUUUAUAAGAAACAGAUAUUGGGUCAU